ACAAACACACACAUACACACACACACUCACUCUCAUCACACCCAACAAAGUCCUCUGCUUUUUUCAUGAGCUACUUCAUUCCUCUGUUCCACUUCUGUGUUACCUUCAAUCCAUCAAUCAAUCAUUCACAAUUACAACAAUUUUUCUUUUCGAUUCUUCAUUUUUAAGCCGCUCGCUCUCUUUCUUCGAUUUUAACAAAAGGAAUGCAUUGUGUUUUUGCCAUCCAUGGUUUCUUCAUCACUGUUUUGCUUUCUUAUGAUUAAACCCAUUUCGAUUGAAUCUGUUUUUCUCUCUUUUUGAUAAUUUAAGAUCUGGGUUUUGCAAUUUGAUAGGUUUUUUCAAUUGGGUUCUUUUUAGAUCUGGAUUUAAAGCUUGUUUUUGGUGCUUUGAUUCAGUGAUUGUUGAAGAGCGAGCGGUAAAAACCCUCUUUGAUUUUGUUUUCUUGUUUUUCUUGUUGUGAUUGUGAGUAUUUAUUUCAUCAAUGGCUGCAGCUCGGAACAGUGGGAAAUCCAAAAAAUCAAUGGAAGAAACUCGGAAUUUCACACAGAUGGACUUUGAUCAAAUGGGUUUCGAUGAGACCAGAGAAUGGAAGCAAGUUUUUGAUGAAGCUUCCACACACACACACAGUAGACCUCUCAAGAAAAUCAGAAGCCCUGAACAUCAAUCUUCUUCUUCUUCAUCUUCAUCUUCUUCAAGACUCUUCCCUUUUGCAUUUGAUGGAAAUAAUCUACACACAAUCGAAUCAUUACAGCAAUUCAGAUCGAAUUCCCAUUUGAAUCCUGUUUACCCACCACCACCACCGAACCCGCAAAUGAUUUCUUUUGAUCCCCAACAACAUUACAACCACCACCCACAACCACCAAUGAUCCACCAGAAUUUUGGGUUCCCGCCAUAUUUUUCCGGCGAGAAUUCAGGUUUAUCCCAGCAGCAAUUACUCCAGUACUGGAGUGAUGCGUUGAAUUUGAGUCCUAGAGGUAGGAUGAUGAUGAUGAACAAAAUCCGGCCUCCAAUUCAGCCGCUUCACACCACCAAAUUAUAUCGGGGGGUGAGGCAAAGGCAUUGGGGGAAAUGGGUGGCGGAAAUUCGUCUCCCACGAAAUCGCACCCGUCUCUGGCUUGGCACAUUCGACACGGCGGAGGACGCCGCCAUGGCUUACGACCGUGAGGCCUUUAAGUUACGUGGCGAAAACGCCCGGUUGAAUUUCCCGGAGCGAUUCCUUGGGAAAACAAAGAAUGAGUCGGUUUCCGCCGGCCAGAGUUCAUCUUCUUCAUCUCCUCCUCCGACGGAGUUAGUGAAAGACAACGGUAAAACCGCUACAGAAACGGUGAAAUUGAAGGAAUCUGAGGAAACUGUGACAGAGAAUGAAGGUGUGGAAGUGGGAUUCCAUGGGGACCAAGUAACCGGAGAGGCGAAUUCCGAUCCGGCGUGGGGGGAAAUGGCCGAGAACUGGUACAAUUCCGGUUGGGGUCCAGGGAGUGCCAUGUGGGAUUCUCUUGAUUCCAACAACAAUCUAAUGUUCCCUUCCAAUUUUAAUCUCGAAAACCAGCAACAGCAAGAACAAGAACAGGGGAAUUACGAUUUCUCUUCUUUCGAAUCACAGAUGAGUCCAUUCUUUUGGAAGGAUGAAGCUUGAUUCUUUAGGGUUUUAUGUGGCAGAAACUUGGCUGCAUAUUUGAAGCCAUGUUUCUGCAAGUAUUAGAUUAUGAUUAUGAUAUGAUGAUGAUGAUUUGAAUUGGUAGUAAGAAAGGGGAAGAACACAAAGAGACAGUUUUGUGAUCUCUUUGUUGUAGAGUGUCCUCCAUCUUCAUCAACAGCAAGAUCUGGUUUUUUGAUCUGCAAAUGAUGCAAGAUUUUUAGUUUUAUUUUUGGGGAUUUCUGUACUUUCUUUGUGUAUAAUAUUUUGUUUUUAUGUAGUAAAGUUUACCUCAUUUGUUCU